AUGGCGCCUGGGGAGAGCAGACACCUGGAAAUGGUCGCUGCAAAGGGCAGAGAGAACAGCGGUCACAGAGGAGAGGACAAAUGGGAGGAUAUAAACAUCCCGGAGUCUGGUCACAAGUAUUACCUGCAGUUCACUACCGAAGACUACAAAAGCGGGGAAAAUGUCGGGAGCUGCCUUGCUACAGUGUUGUAUCCGAAGACAAAGUCUCUGCCUGCUGUCAAUAUCAAGUGCACAUAUACCAAAGACCAGAAGCAAAUUCAAGAAGAGGACAACAGACUUUACCAAAAAAUUAGGCACCAAACUAAACCAAUAAUCGGAAACAAUAUUCCAGACAGCUAUGGAAAUAUUGAAGCUGCCCUGGAGCCAGUGUGGGCUUUGGCUGUCGCUGGCAGCAGUUACAUAAUGUGGGAAAAGUCAACGGAGAACUUGGGUUACUUCACGGCACAAGUCAAGUCUGUGAAGCAGUGGAUAAGGAAAGAUGAUUUUAUUGAGUUUGACUACACUGUCCUACUCCAUGAAAUUCCAACACAGGAAAUUAUUUCAUGUCACAUGCGCCUCACCUGGCUUCCUGGUCACCCUCUGAAAGUGAAAUACUUCUGUGCUUCAGAGAAUCAGGGGCUCGAAUACGGGUCUGGAAUGGAAUCUGGAUCAGCUGCUGGGAUUUUACAUGAAAGGGGAGCAAAAUUUUAAAAGAGAUUGUCAGCUUUAUGAAUAUGUAUUAAAUGAGAAAAUCCUUGUGUUAAUAGAUCUGGAGUUGUGAUAAUUUUUCUAUACAAGUCGAACAGUGAAUUUGAAUGCUUUCACUAGUCUGUUUUGUUCCAAAAUUAAUUCCUGUGAUUUCUUAAACUGCAAGACUCAUGUUCUAGAGUUCUACCUAAAAACUUUGCUAUGACAUACAUACACAGAUAAAUAUACACAAGCUGAUUUUAUGUCACUAACUUACUGUUGCUUAGAGUAACAUAG